CAGCCGGCUCUCCACUCUCCACUAUCUGCACUCUCAGUAUCCGUCGUCCCCACGUGCUCGCCGUAAAAGGAGGAAAAAAAAAACACGUUCUCAAUAGUUUCUGUUUCGCUGAAUUAAUGGAAAGUUCGUUUCAGAAGAAAACAGUGCAGACAGUGUGCGAGAGCGCUGCGCUUGGAUCGCAUAAUAUUGAAAGUGGCAACCGUUGCGAAGAAUCCUUUGAUGCCGAAGAAGAAUGCUGGCAAGAACUGGAAGCCUUCUGGGGUGCUGAGAAGCAGCGUUGUCAGAAAGAGCUCCCCAUUCCAUCGAGCUCAACCGAAGAUCAGCUCGAGCGCCAAGAUUUCCUCAGUGAGCCACCCGUAGCUGUUCGAAAAUCGACUACCCCAGUCAAGAACCGCAAAGAUUCUCUCUACAUUGUACGCGGCGAAGACAUCAACGAUGUGCCCACCAGCUACGUGGUCAGCGGGCUGCGACCGCACGAGUUCCCAGUUAUCGGUACCUUCGUGGAUCCUCGCAUCAUCCCGGGCUUCCGCUAUCGCGUCCGCGUGAACAGCACCCAACGCGUCCUCUUCGAUGGCCGUGCGCUACGCCUGGACUCCAUCGGCAGGGGCUACGGCAAGAGGCUCACGUUCGAGCCAACAGGAAGCUCUCUGAACGAGAACGACAAUUUUUUCUAUUCGGACACCAUCGCUCAGGGCUUCGGCUUCUCUCCCAUUGCCAUUGAAGUGGGAGAGAAAUUCAGAGUGAGACACGUCAAGUCGGAGGAAUACUGCGGCGAGCUGGUCUGUUCUGAGAUCGCGCGGCCCCAGGAGGAGAUAUCGAGCACGGCGAGCGACAACAGGCGCGUCGAAAAGGAGAUCAAAGUUAAUUUCUACGCCAAGUUCCAGAGCGUGUCUAGUAGGCUUCUAGACCGGCAGCUUCCGUGGCAUAAAGUUCGUGUGUCCGGAGUCGCUGUACUAGUCAAGGAGGCUAAGAUGCCUGUUGCUGUCCUGGACAGGAUAGUGGUGGAAGAAUCUGCGCUCACGGGUUACGAAUUAGUGCCAUCGUCACGUGGGGACUGCGAGGAAUGAUGUGGUGUAGUAAGGAAUGAAUACGUUAAGCUGGGUCCGGAGUGGAUCCGAAGACAGUGAGCCUGUGCGGUCGUUCCGCAUGUCUUCAGGAGCGUCAGAUGUUAUCGAUGUGAGCUUCGAGACACUAUACGUGAACUUCAUGCACAAGGUUCGGGUGAAAUUUUCGGAAGAAGAGACUUCAAGCUUUGUGAGAACGUCAUCGAGUAAGCAUGUACUCGUGCAGCUUACAAACAGCAGCCAAGCCGCCAUUGUUGUAGAUAAUAAUAAAAAAACUUUCAGAACAACUUCA